CCUUAACUAACCUUAACUUCUAGAAAGCUAAAGGUAGAUGUUAGAAUCACAUUUGAGUCAUUCUCAAUCCAUAUAUAAUUACACGUAUGCGCCCUUUUGUCCUUACACGUUUACAGAAACCAAGUCAGUCAAUAGGGGGUCCCACAUGCCAAGUCAAUUCCCACCUUCCUCAGUUGGACACGGGCUUCCCCGCUCUUAUUUAAACUCAACUCAUCACAAUCUCUCGCUGCACUACAACUCAUUCACAGACAACUUGUGAAGUUCUUAAGUUCUCUCUGUGCAUUUUUCAACACUCAAAUGGGGGUUCUUGAAAUCAAAAGGAAAGAGACACCAAACAUGACCCGAAAAGGCAUGGCACGUCUCUUCUCUUUCAACAAAACUACCUCUUCACUUUCUUCAUCUUCAUUUUCAAUCCCUCGAAGCAUGCCUCCCUCACCGCACCGCACCUUCUCCGAAUCAAUGAUGGAGGAAACCCUCGAGACUGCAGAGGCCACGAUCACGAAAUGGGACCUCGAUGACGCUUCUUCAUUCGCUAACUUCGUGUCUCUCUUCCAAAAAGACAGAAAAGAAGCCAAAGACUACAUCAAAUGCAUCAAGGACUUGCGCCGCGCCAUGCACUUCUUGGUAUCGGUGAAUUCAGGUUCUUACAAGCUUGUUCUGGCACAAAACUUGAUGCAAAUCGCCAUGAAAAGACUUGAAAAGGAGUUUUACCGGAUUUUGUCAGCUAACCGACGGUAUUUGGAUCCGGAAUCAGUGUCAAGCCAUUCGUCACGCACAUUAGCGCAUUCUCGGUCUGGUGAGUCUGACAAUGAAGAUUGUGUUGGAUCCGACGAGGUGGUUCAGACGGCCGACGAAUCAAUCUCUGAAGUGGAAAGACUCUCCGAACUCGCCAUGUCAGACCUUAAGUUGAUUGCUGACUGUAUGAUGAUCUCUGGCUAUGGCAAAGAGUGUGUGAAGAUAUAUAAAAUUAUUCGAACAUCGAUUGUAGAGGAACAACUCUAUCAUCUUGGGAUUGGAAGGUACAAUUCUUCAAUGAUCAACCAGAUGAACUCAGAAGCUUUUGAGCAGCACAUCAAGAACUGGUUGAAUGUGAUAAGGAUCGCCAUGAAAACACUCUUUUAUGGUGAGAGGCUUCUCUGUGAUCACGUGUUCUCUGCAUCGAACACGAUUAGAGAAUCGUGCUUCACUGAUGUUACCAGAGACGGAGCCAUCAAUUUGUUCAGAUUUCCUGAACUUAUAGGAAAGAGUAAAAGCUCACCGGAGAAAAUUUUCCGGCUAAUGGACUUAUACGAGUCAAUCUCUGGUCUAUGGUCAGAGAUUGAAUCAAUCUUCUCAUUUCAAUCGACCUCAACUGUUAAAUUACAAGCUCUAAACUCUCUCAUCAAACUUUGUGACUCGGUGAGAAUAAUUUUAUCUGAGUUUGAGUUGUCAAUCGAAAAGAACUCGGCGAAGACGUUGGUUGCCGGCGGUGGAAUCCACCCAAUGACGAAUUCAGUGAUGAAUUACGUAUCUUUACUCGCUAAUUAUAGCGGUGUCCUGACUGACAUUGUCGCUGAUUCAACAUCACCGACACAGUCGCGGUUGCUGGAAACUUACUUUGAAAGUAUGAACUCUGACGAGAGUCCAACACCAACUGUUUCGGUUCGACUGGCGUGGAUCGUACUCAUGCUCCUUUGCAAACUUGACAGCAAAGCCAAGCUCUACAAUGACAUAGCAUUGUCCUAUCUCUUUCUGGCCAACAAUCUUCAAUUUGCCAUCGAGAAAGUCCGUACAACUAACCUCAAGUACCUCCUCGGCGAUCACUGGGUGGCAAAGCAUGAGAAAACAGUGAAACAAUAUGCAGCAAACUACGAAGCGAUGGAUUGGACUAAGGUGUUUUCUACUCUACCGAAGAAUUCAAGUGAUGCAAUGUCACCGGAGACCGUGAAGGGGUGUUUUAGUCAAUUCAACUUGGCUUUCGAAGAGGUGUAUCGAAAACAGAUGUCGUGGGUGGUACCGGACAGGAAGCUAAGAGAUGAGAUCAAAGUAUCGAUAGCGAAGAAGCUUGUGCCGGCUUAUAGGAAGUUUUAUGAUACGUAUUUGAUAACUUUGAGUGGGGAGAGAAAUCUGGAAGUGUUGGUGAGGUUUUCACCCGAUAAUUUGGGGAAUUAUUUGUCGGAUUUGUUCCAUGGGACUGCCGUUUCAGGAAGUUCAUCAUCGUCAUCAUCUUCAUAGUCACAUUCACGUGUAUCCUGGUGUUUGCCGUAGACGUUUAUGUAAUUCAAUAACAUGGCACAAAAUGUUUUAUCACUUUUUGUCUAGCACUUUGAUCUACAUCACAACUUAUUUAACAAACACUAUUCAGCAAUUUAAAUCUA